AUGCUGAUGUCACGCCGGAAAAUCUUCAACUCCCGCCGUCAUCUUCAUCCGCCCCACCAUAUUCUUAUUCCUCUGGCUAGCCGCCCUACAGCUCUGCGCCACAGCACUGCCACCAGUGUCUUCUCCGGCCAUCCAAAUGGCACCGUCGCUCUGCUCGACGCCGUCUGGUCUUCACCUGGUCUCAUCCAUGAAGGACGCAAUCGUCAGCGUCACCGGUGGCCACCCGCUGCUUCUCCCUCCUCCGCAAGGCCCGGUCCACGAGGAGCUAUGAUUACGGACUUAAGGUUUCCGGAUAACACGGAUAACGCGUCGGCGACCAUCUCUCGUCCUUCCCGCCACCAUCGUCGACUUCCGUUGUCUCUUCCUCCGCCGUCUUCAAUUGUCGUCCUCUGUCGAGUUCUGGAUGACACUGAUCAGAAAAUUAAAUACAUGGACUCCAAGAUCCAGAAACCUGCACUUUAA